GAGGUAGGGUUUUAGGAUGUGUGCUGAGUGCUGACUAAUGAAACUGAGAGAAGCUUUAUACUGUAAAGAGGAGGCGAGUUUGAUUUGGCGGAAGGAAGAAGCAUGAGUGAGUUGAGCGCGGAGGACAUCCUUCGGGAGAAGAAGACUCAUAACCCCAACUCCAUCACUUCUAUCUCUCUUGAUCACAAAGCUCUUUCUUCUGUCUCAUGUUUAAGCAAUUUCAACAACCUUGACAGACUCGACUUAUCCUUCAACAGUUUAACAUCACUCAAGGGUUUGGAGUCGUGUUUCAAUUUGAAAUGGUUAUCUGUGCAACAAAACAAGCUUCACACCUUGAAUGGGAUUGAAGCGCUCACUAAUCUCGCUGUGUUUAACGCUGGCAAAAAUAAACUUAGAUCUAUGGACCAGGUGAAAACCCUGGUCAAAUUACGUGCUUUGAUAUUAAAUGACAAUGAGAUUACAUCAAUUUCUGGCCUCGAUCAACUUACAGAAUUGAAUACUCUUGUUCUGUCUAGGAAUCCUAUCCGUAAGGUGGGCAAUUCAUUGGCUAAGCAGAAAUCGAUUGUAAAGAUUUCUCUCUCCAACUGCCAACUAGAAGAUAUUGACAAUUCAAUCAAAGCUUGCACUGGACUUGAGCAACUGCGCCUUGCUCAUAAUGAUAUUAAGACUCUUCCCGAGGGGCUGGCUUAUAGCAAGAAACUUCAAAUUCUGGACUUAGGAAACAACAUGAUCUCAAGGUGGUCAGACCUGGAGGUACUUUCUUCAUUGCAUAACUUGAAAAACCUGAAUUUACUUGGAAAUCCAAUAGCCGAGAAGGUCAAGCUCAUAAAGAAGGUGAACAAGUUAGUUCCCAGUUUGCAGAUACUCAAUUCUAAAAGAAUGGAUAUGAGCAAUAAGAAGGAUCAGAAAAACGAGAGUGCUGUGGUUAAUGUAGGAAAUGAGCUUAAACCAUCAACCAAAAAGGAUCAUGAUGUGAAGCACUGGGAUACUAGUUCCAACAACUACAUGGAUGUUGAUUCUGACAAACAGGUGAAUAAUAAAGGGCUGAGUAAUGACCAUAAGCUUGCCAAGGAUAGAAAACUUGAUGACAAUACACAUGUUAUGGGUAAAGAGGGAUCUUGCAGGAAAUCGAAGGUUGUAGAACGUAAUGAAAAUGUUAUUGAGAAAAGAGAUCAGAAGAAUCCUAGAAAGCUUAAAACAAGUCAAAUACCUGAAGGGGAGCCAGAAGUGGUACAAAUUGAUGGUAAGAAUGAGCAGAAGAAAAAGGAGAAGCACAUAGAGAAAGAAGUUCCCGUGCAAGAAGCUGAAAAACCUGUAAAAGAUGAAAGAUCAAAAAGAAAGGUAGCACAUUUGGAUAUUAUUGAUGAUAAGGAAACUUCAUUUGCAGAACUUGUAGCUUAUGAUGCCACCGAAAUUGUGAAUCCUCCCGACAAGCAAAGAAGAGGCAGCCAAGGUGUUGGAAAAGUCGACACAUUUAGUGCUCUGGUUACUUAUCCCGCAAAGAAAAAGAAAAGCAAGAAUCAAGGUUCUAAAGCUUCUGUGCUUCAGUUUCUGACGCCCGAAGUUGGACUGGGUGGGCCAUCAGCAUGGACCGACUGAUAACUACUGAUGCAUUCUGUUGAAGCUCAGUUCUAUGUGAAACUACUUGUCAUCUUUUUUUCUUGUUGGUCCUCUCCGGUAUCACUUGUAUCAUUUGCUCAGGUCACUCAGGAUACAUAUCUGGCUUACGCUGAAGGUGCAGGUACUUCAGGUGUAGUCCUUGUAGAAUUAAAUGUCUGCUUUUGUGGUGCUCAGUUUUUUACUAAACCAAAUUUUUUCAUAUCACCGUAGAGGUCAAUCAUACAAUCUGAUGUUUCUUUUCCUAGA